AUGAGCGGCCCUUGCCUGGGGCUGCGCAGGGCCGGGGUCCUGCUGUCCCUGGGCGCCGCCGCCCUCCUGCUGUUGCUGCUGCCGCGGGGGCAGCGCCCCGCCGUGCCCCGCCCGCCGCCCGCCGUCGGGCCCAGCGUGCUCUCGCCGCAGCGCGCGGGCCCCGAGGGCUCUGCCGGAGCGCCGGGGGGCGCAGGCCUCGCGGGUAGCCCGCAGCUGGCGCGGAGGGGCCGCCUCGGGGCUGCCGGCAACUCGGCCAGGGAGAGCCUGGAGCUGAAGGACAUCUUUAUUGCGGUGAAGACCACGAGGAAGUACCAUAAGAGCCGGCUGGACUUGCUCCUCCAAACCUGGAUCUCCCAGGCGAGGGGACAGACAUUUAUAUUCACAGACUGGGAGGAUCGGGAGCUACGCCUGAAAGCAGGGGAUCAUAUGAUCAACACCAACUGUUCUGCUGUCCAUACCCGGCAAGCUCUCUGCUGCAAGAUGUCUGUGGAAUACGAUAAAUUCCUGGAAUCUGGGCAAAAGUGGUUUUGCCAUGUGGACGAUGACAACUAUGUGAACCCUCGGACUCUCCUACAUCUCCUGUCUGCCUUUUCACACAGCCAGGAUGUCUACGUGGGGCGACCAAGUCUGGACCAUCCCAUUGAAGCAGCUGACCAUGUCCAAAGUGAUGGAUCAAAGACAACGGUGAAAUUCUGGUUUGCUACAGGUGGAGCUGGGUUCUGUAUCAGCCGAGGUCUUGCCCUGAAGAUGAGUCCCUGGGCCAGCCUGGGCAAUUUCAUUAGUACUGCAGAAAGAGUGCGUCUUCCCGAUGACUGCACUAUUGGCUACAUCAUCGAAGGGCUGCUGGAGGUAAAGCUGCUACACAGCCCGUUGUUCCAUUCCCACCUAGAAAAUCUUCAGAGGCUGCAAGGCGAGUCUGUGCUGCAGCAGGUAACCCUGAGUUAUGGUGACCCUGAGAACAAACACAAUGUCGUGAGUGUGGGAGGAGUGUUUGGUCUUCAGCAAGAUCCAACCCGAUUUAAAUCUGUCCAUUGUCUGCUUUAUCCUGACACUAUUUGGUGCCCUGCUAAGAAGAUGUCAUAAUUCUUGACCAGCCACUGACACCUGUGUCUUAGCUCGUUUGCAUAACGCAGGAGUUGUGGAGUUUUUUGGUGGUUUUGUUCUUAUUCUGGGAGACAACCAGUGGUAUCUACAAAGGAGGUAGACAGACUCUGUUUAGAAAAGCAAUAAGAUUUGUUCAGCUGCAGCCUGGGACAUUCCAAGAAGAAUCUUUGUUCUUUUGUCUAGUGGCUCUUCAUAAGAUGACGGCAGUCCUGUGUGUAUGAGUCACUUCACACUUUCUGAUGUCAUGUGAACCUGUGCUUGGGCACAUCUGAGGUAAAUGCAGUACUGGGAGUGAGAGUGUUCUUACUACACUUAAGGGUCUUUAGAAGCCACUGUCUUGAAGCUGGAGUGCUAGAGCAGACUGUAGUCCCCAUGGUGACAAGAGAGAGGAAGUUUUCAUUCAUCUUUCUUGGGAACAGAAUUAUUUAAGAGCUUCUGUGGCCUGCCACAUUAAAACUCCAGUGGGCCAGAAUACGGAAAUCCUGGAAUCACUAGGGUAAACAAGGCUGAAAGCCUUUGUCAUGAGAAAACCCUGUGUUGAGGGUAAGCUUACUCAGGACUGGAUAAAUUGCUUAUAACAUGCACUCACCCCUGUCAUCCAUGUGUUCCUCCUGUGGAGGUAAUUGUCAGACCUGGCUCGCAUGCCAACUGAAUUGCAAUGGUUGAUGAUUAUGAUCUAUUCCCUUGAUAUUUGAUAUUGAAGAAAUAUCUGCCUGACAAGAUGGUAAUUGUUCCUCCCACUUGGCUGGUUGUUGGUCACAUGAGCUGGAGAGGCUUGUGCUGGCAAAACACGCCCUGUUUCUGAAGCAGUGUGAGGGGGGAGGAAUGCUAGAUAGCAGCAAUGCACUGAGGAGGGCUUUGAUGGUAUCAUUUGAGGACCUUUAAUUGUAUGACCAUGGUUACUCCAGCUUCUUCAGAUAAUCUUUUAAUUACCAUAAAGUCAAGAUCAGUGCUUGUUUUUACUCCUUAAUAUUUCAACAAAUAGUUCAUGUAGUCACUAAAAGGAGAUUGCACACUCACAAGCAGUUCAGUGCUCUAGCAGUAUCAUCUGCUGCUUUUUAAAGAAAGUAAACUUUGUUUUGAAAGUGGAAGGAAUGUGGCUCCAUAUGUUUACUUUUUUGUUAGCCCAGACUUUGGCCAUGUGCAAAUUGUACCUGACCUGAAGAAUACCAUUAAAAACUACCUUUUCAAAAUCACUGUUUACUCUUAUAAAAAAUACUUGCUUGUUUAGUGCUAGUUUGAGGCCAAAUUAAGGGAAGACUAAUAGCAUGUCAUUGUAUGAUCUGGAGCUAUGAUUACUGGCUUGAUUGUGGACCUGGCAGAAGUUUCAGGUUUCUAAACAGCUGUGCUAGUUACUUAACUUCAUGGAGAAUAUCUGUAGUGUAUUCAAGUAUGCCACUUAGCACGGGUGUCAGCCUCCCGAAACACACCCUGUUGCCUGCAUUUUAAUAAACCUUUCAGGGUUUACCUCAAUACAAUGUCCUCUUUGCAUGAUUUCAGGUAGUUUCAUUGAGGAGCAAAUAAGCUGACUGCUACUUACUACAGUCCUGCAGCUCAUUCUUGUAUUUCUCCUUUCUAUCAUGUGUACUAAGGUACAUAUGAGGUAUGGAAAUAAGAAAGCUGCAGGGAACUGGAUCAAAGCCCAGUUAGCACACCGGCUGUUCCAUAAUGGGCUGUCACAGAAAACAGGAGGAUUUGUGGAAUAGUAGGUUCUACCUCUUUAUUAGUUCUGCUAACUAGAAUUGAGGCAUCCUGUGGUUUAAUUGUCAUUAAUAGUUCUGGUAUCCAUAUAUUUUUUUUAAAAACACUUGUUGGGUUCUUGGUUUUAACAUCCUAUAGAAGAAAACUGUGAAAUUUCAUGACCUCUUGAGUUGAUUUUGUCUUCAAGCACUGCUUCUGAACUCUUCUGUUGAAACUUUUCUUCCCCUCCCACUGGAAAAAGCCUCUUGUAAGAUAACACAGAAUAAGCAAAGACUGGGCAGCAAUUGUGGCAAACUGCAGUUAAAAAAUUACAACACUUUAUAUUGAUGGCAGCAAAACUAAAUGGUAGAAGUUUCACACUGUGGUCACUGAUCACACUAGGUGUGCCAAAGAGGCAGUGCCCUCAAAGCUGGGAGUGUGAUUAUGGAACUUUAAAAAAGGACCAUGUUCUUCUGCAGGGCCACAUGAAGGUGUUCAGUAUGUUCAGGCUCGUUGCAAUGUUUCUUGUGUUGAGAAUACAGUAAGCUGUGUGGCUAUCAGGAUGUAGCUUUUUUUAUCAAACUACUUUUUCGUACAUAAAGCGAUUCUA